CAAUUUUCAAAAAAUAAAGAAAGGACUGUGCUUUCUCUCUCUAAACAAAAAAGCAAGGCAUCAAUCUAGAGAGAGAGAGACCCUUUUGCCUCUUCUUCUUCUUCUUCAUCUUUCCUGAAUUGGGGUUUUUGGGUUUCUGAAAUCGAAGAAGAUGAUAGACUUUGCUCGGGUUCAGAAGGAGCUUCAGGAAUGCAGUAAGGACAUUGAAAAGUCCGGUAUCAAAGUCACUCCGAAGAGCGACUCCACUCUCUCCCGUCUCAUCGGCACCAUUCCUGGCCCAGUUGGAACCCCUUACGAAGGUGGCAUCUUUCAGAUCGAUAUCACCUUACCAGAUGGGUACCCUUUUGAGCCUCCCAAAAUGCAGUUCACAACUAAAGUUUGGCACCCUAAUAUCAGCAGUCAGAGUGGAGCUAUCUGCCUGGAUGUCUUGAAAGACCAAUGGAGCCCAGCUCUGACAUUGAAAACAGCUCUGCUUUCUGUACAAGCACUGCUUUCUGCUCCACAACCCGAUGAUCCUCAAGAUGCUGUGGUAGCUCAACAGUAUCUUAAACACUAUCAGACCUUUGUUGGCACUGCUCGAUACUGGACAGAAAGUUUUGCCAAGUCAUCAUCCCUUGGAGUGGAGGAAAAGGUACAAAAACUAGUAGAGAUGGGAUUUCCUGAAGCUUCUGUGAGAAGUACAUUGGAGUCUGUUGGUGGAGAUGAGAACUUGGCCCUGGAAAAGCUUUGCUCUGGUUAAGACAUUUUAAGAGCUUAACGGGCUGGGAAUUACACUAACAGGAAGGGUUAUAUUUAAACUUAUAAGUUUCUCUUAUGUAACUCUUGUUUUUCAAGUACUGAUUUAGCUACAUAUGGGCAAAAGUUGUUUCUGGACCCUAUGGUAUUGUAGUACAUGGAAGAAGUGUCAAUAUUAAAUGCAUUAUUACAAUGCUGA